ACAAGUGAAGUGUUACUAAUUGAUUGCUGGCUGCUGCAGAAAACCCCAAAAAUGGCACUUUGUGGAAAGGGUUAUUUCGUUGGAUUGCUGAUGGUUGUGGUCAUUUUGGAGGCCAACGCUUGCAAUGGAGGAUUUGAGCUCAUCAUCGAGAGUAUUGAAAACUGUGGCGGACCGAAUCAGGUCGUCACGAUUGAUCCAAAAUCGACUGCAUCGCUGACGGAGGACUGUAAAGUGAACUCCAAAUCAACGGUCAAGACUUCUGGAUUUAAAACUGCUGAUAUGACGGUCACCAUCUCCAAGAACGGAUUACCGGUGGUGAACGAACAGAUCGAUUUGUGUGCCAGCAUGGAGGAUUCCAAGAACAACAAGGAUGCGGCGGAAAUUAUGACUAUGUUUGGAGUUCCGGACCACUGUCCGGUUGAGGCCACCGAAAUUAAGACCGACGAGAGUCAGGAGUACAGCUUGGAAAAGUACAAGCAGCAUCUGUUCUUGGCUGAAGGGAAGAUCCAGGUAGACUGCAAGGUUGUGCAUGAUAAUGGCGAAAGCUGUUUCAAAGUCAACAUGCAGGUGAAAAAGAAUGGUGGUCUAAUUGGAUGAUCAUUGCAGUACUAAAAGAGUUUUGUUUUCUUAUUUCAAAUUUUUUCGGUCAAU